CCCCUCUCUCUUUCACUAAAAAAUGGCCGCCUCCAGCUGGCUGUCGCCAUGGCGACGACAGCGGCCGUCGCUGCUUCUUAUGCUCACUUCCUGUUUCCUCUUGGCCUCGGCCACGCCCUUCCCCAAAGACCUGGAACCAAUCAGCGUCGUCAGCUCGGACCAGUCGUGUCGGUAUCCAGGUUUCCAGGGUUUACUUCAGGACAACGACACGCUGCGUCUGGGUCUGGACUUUCAGACAAUGUUACGGAUCAAUCACAUGUUGUUCAUCGCAGCCAGGGAUCACGUGUUUGCAGUGAACCUGACGACGGCUUCAGAGAGAAUCCUCCCACAGCUGAAGUUGACGUGGAGGUCCAGAGAUGUCAGCAAGUGUACGGUCCGAGGGAAGAACAGCGACGAGUGUUACAACUACGUCAAAGUGUUGGUGCCUCGAAAUGACGAGACUCUGUUCGCCUGCGGGACCAACGCCUUCAACCCGACCUGCAGAAACUACAAGAUGACCUCCAUGGAGCAGGUUGGAGAGGAGGUGGUGGGUCAGGCUCGUUGUCCCUUCGAGUCGGGUCAGUCCAAUGUAGGAUUGUUCGCGGGUGGAGAUUUCUACUCGGCCACCAUGACGGACUUCCUGGCCAGUGACGCCAUCAUCUACAGGAGCCUCGGAGAAGACCGACCCGUCCUCAGGACCGUCAAGUACGAUUCCAAGUGGCUUCGAGAGCCUCACUUUCUCCACGCCAUUGACUACGGGAACUACGUCUACUUCUUCCUGAGCGAGAUCGCUGUGGAGUACACGGCCCUCGGGAAGGUGGUGUUUUCUCGGGUUGCCCGUGUUUGUAAGAACGAUAACGGAGGCUCGCCCAGAGUUCUGGACAGAUACUGGACUUCCUUCCUGAAGGCUCGGUUGAACUGCUCAGUUCCUGGAGACUCUUUCUUCUACUUCGACGUUCUUCAGUCUCUGACCAACGUGCUCCAGAUCAACCAGAGACCAGCUGUGGUCGGAGUCUUCACCACUCAAUCCAACAGUAUUCCCGGCUCGGCCGUUUGUGCCUUCUACAUGGAUGACAUAGAGAAAGUGUUUAACGGGAAGUUCAAGGAGCAGAGGACCAGCGACUCGUCCUGGACGCCGGUCCCUGAAGAGCAGGUUCCCAGGCCAAGACCCGGGACAUGUGCAGGCGACGGCCCGGCUUCAGACUUCAAAUCAUCGGUUCAGUUUCCAGACGAGAUGCUGACUUUCAUCAAGUCAUAUCCACUGAUGGAUGAAGCCGUCCCUUCGGUCAACGACCGACCCUUCUUCACCAGGACAUCCAGCAGGUCCAAGCUGACCCAGAUUGUGGUGGAUGUUUCGGCAGGGCCCUACAAGGACCGGACCGUGAUGUUUCUGGGCUCAGAAGACGGACGGGUCCUCAAGGUGCUGGCCAGCAUUCACCCCAACAUCAGCUCUGGAUCCAGACUUCUGGAGGACAUCGAUGUCUACAACCCGUCCAAGUGUAAUGUCCAGGGGCAGGAGGACAGGAGGGUUCUGGGUCUGGAGCUGGACAAAGACCAUCACUCCUUGUUCGUGGCCUUCAGCAGCUGUGUGAUCCGAGUUCCUCUGAGUCGCUGCAGUCAUCACGGAGCCUGUAGAGAGGCCUGCCUGGCGUCUCGUGACCCGUACUGCAUCUGGCUUCGGACCGGGAGUUGUGCCAACAUGGCGCCAGGUUUCAAGGCCGGAUUUGAACAGGACAUCGAUGGAGAGCACCCCCCCCACCCCACCAGCUGUCACGCCGACAUUUUGGCGACAACACGGAACCAGGAGUCUGCAGCCGACUCCUCCUACGGCGUCCGUGGUCUCCCAGACAUGGACCAGCGAGUGUCUGCCAACGUCCACUACACCCUCCUGAUCGCCUGCGUGCUGGUGGCCUUCUUCCUGGGCGCCAUCUUGUCAGGUUUCCUGGUGUCGUGCUACUGCAGCCGGAGCGCCGCCCACCGGGCCCGGAGGCUGGGGAAGGACCCCGAGGCCUCCCUGCCCCACGCCCUGUCGCUGAGAUCCCUGGCCAAGCUCAACGGGCUGCUGGACGGCCCUCCCAAGGAGGACAAGCUGGACAUGUCCACACCAAAGAUGUACAGCUCCUUCAUUCCCAACGACCGGGGGGAGGCUCACCUCCACACCUCAGGACACCAGGGCCUGGGAGACCUGGACCUCAGCCUGUCUCAGUCUCUGUCUCAGGGGGACGGGGAGCUGUCUGGUCUGCCCACCCCCGACUCCACGCCGGAGCUCCCCAUCAAGAACAUGAAGGCCCUGCGCCACCAUCACUACGAGAAGAACCAGAACUGCAACAACCCCAGACCAGGACCCAGCUCCUCCUCUGGGACCAGUCUGGGCUUCAUGGCCGUCGUCGGCAACUCUCUGAGCCAACAGGCGUGUCCUGUCUCUCAUCACCACGGCAACGGGGCGACCCACGGGGCAGCCACCUCCUCCACGUCACUGCACCUCCCCGAGGAGAGGAGAGUGUCUUCAAAGGAUGACCGAGGAGGAGGAGCAGGAGCAGGAGUAGAAGGAGCAGUAGGAGGAGCAGCCCCUCCCCACCACCGCUCCCAGCAGUCCCUCCCUCAGUCGGUGGUGGACGUGUCGGCGCUGGACGAGCUGCUCAAACACAUCCAUGAGGUCAGCGCCUCAGGAACCGGAGGCAUCAAGGUCCUCACCUCCACCUCCUCGUCCUCCCUGUUCCCCGGGCCGUCCUGCUCCUCCUCCGUCUCCUCCUCCUCUGAGGGCCAUCAUCCUCACCACAGUCACCGCGGCCCCACCCGCACCCAUCACUACAACCAGCAGCAGAUCCCUGAGCCCGAGUCCUAUUACAGCACCUCCCCCCUGCCGAGGGACGGCCUCCCCAAACAUCUGGACGCUCCUCUUCUGACCUCCACCUUCUCUUCAGCCACUUCUUCAUCUUCAUCAUCCUCCAACAACCCCACCUCCUCCACCUCCAUCCCAUCCUCCUCCUCUUCCUCGUCCUCCACUCCUCUCCAGCAGCAGGUGAUACCAGAGAGACCAGGAGGAGGAGGAGGUGGAGGAGGUAUUUCUGUGGCCCGCCACCACUCCCAGCGACACUCCCUCAUCAAGAUGGGGAGUGGGGGCGGAGCGGUUCCUCGCCACCACAGCUUCAACCAGCGUGGGACGCAGCACCUACACUUCCUGGCCAGAAUGAACAACAACAACAGCAGCAACAACAACAUGAACAGCAGCUCCACCAGCACUGGGGGCCGGUGGCCCCCCGUCUCCAGCUCCUGCCUCACUCGGCAGCACAGCUACAGCGAAGGACCACAUGCACAGCGAGCACCAAUCGUCCGGAGAACAGCGUCGCUUAAGCCCCAAGUUCCACCCAAACCGCUCUUCCUGCCAAAUGCUGCGACAUCGCUGGCAGCAGAGAACCGGAAAUUCAACUACUGAGACUAGGGGGGAGUAAAGGUCUAAAAGAGGGUGGUGAUGGGCCAAAAAGACAAAAGGGACAUGAAAGCUUUCUGUCCCCAUCACUUCCUGCCGAGAGGAUGCCGGGCUCCUUAAUGAUUCAGGAGGACCUGAGGCCUGAAAACCCUGAUUAAUGCAGUGUUCUUAUAAGAGCUUUGAUCCUUGUCCCUCGUUGUUGCACCGUGGCACGAAAGCAGGGAACUGGAUUUGUGCAGACCACUGCCUGACACCAUGGAGUUGGAGUUGAGGUCUUUUCCACAGGAGACCUCUGGAGGAUGAUUCCUUCUCUUUCCUCUGGACAGGAACCCCAAAGGAAACAGAGCAACAGAUGUUAACUGAGCUGAGGAGCUCAGGCUUCUUUUAUACCAUAUUGGUAUCUGAACAACAGAACACAUGAGCAAGUGAUGGAUGAGGCUUUUCUGAUCAUUCAUCCACACUCCUUCACUUUAAUCAUUCAUACGACUUCAUUGAUUCUUUAUUGAUAAAUGAAUUCUCCUCCAAAAUUCAUCUAGUCAGGCCACAAAGGUUCUCAUCCUCUCAUCAUAUAUAUCCGAUAAAACAAGAUGAGACAAAGACAUCUGGACGAGAAGACGUUUCAGCUCUUUUUGACUCACCUGGUCCUGGUCCUGAAUUUGAACAUAUCUGUGUUGAUGGACCCGGUGGUUUUGUGAUGAUCCAUUAAUGUUAGAUUAGAUCUCGGUCCUCCUCUGACCAGACAGAGGUUCCCUACUUUCUAAAGGACAGAGUCUAGACAUUAAUGGACCAUCAGAACAGGUUCCUCCAGGUCUGGGACCACAUCCAGGUCUAGGUUAGUGUCCGGUUAUUAUCGCUCUAGUCAUGUGACCUUCAGGUGAUAAAAACCUGAUCUCUCCCCCAGACAUUUAGAGCUGAUGUAGAGUCUUCUAGUCCAGAUGAGAUAGUUAUGAUGAAACUGUCCCACAGUGGAUCAUCUUUGUCCGUCCAUAAGGACAGCGUGGGUCUGUCCUCUGAAUGGUCAUGAAGACGAGGACUGAGGUUUCUAGCAGCGUCCUGAUGUCAGACUAGUUUCUGUUGAUGGACUGAUGAGAGGACUCUGAGAACCAUGAGCUGACUCUGGUGAAUGUUUCUGAUUCACUCUACUUCAGGCUCUUAACGUCUGUGGGGGUGUUGCUUCACAGUUUCUCUAAAAAUACAAAGAUGUGAAGAGAAUGCUCUUUUUCUCCCAGUGUUUAUCCAGAACAGGCAACAUGUUGAGGCAACAGAGAGGAGCAAUACUGCCAGCAACAGCAAUAAAAGUUGGUGACUGAACCGGGAUUAAAUCCUGGAAAUGAAAGCAUGAGUGGAAGAGAAGUUAAGGGGGUGAAUUAAUCCGCUGCCCCGCUGCAGGUUCAUUUUGAACUGGAAAAGUUCUGACGCCAAAAAUAAAGAUUAAGAACGGCCCUGAUUCCCCAACAUGUCCCGUUCUCUGGUAACCCAGCUGGCUGGUCUCUGAGCAGGUUUGAGCCUGGCCGGGCGGAUUUCUGCUCCAAAGACACAACUGAUGGACGGACUCAGGUGCUUCUCCUGUUCUGGUGAAAAAAGGAAUUUGCUCACGUUUUCCAUGGAACUAUUCCUUGGUGGUGCCUUCAAGGAGGCUCUGAAACCUGUUAAUAAUUGUAAAGGAAGUAAAAGCACCACGUGUCGGCAUGAAGCCACACACUAAAACUUUAGAAGCAGGAUUUCAAAAAAAUUGGGUUUUUAGAUUCACAAAUGCAACAAAGAAACAUGAAUAAUAAUAAUAGUAAUAAAUGUGCACAGAAUAGUUGGUCUGAGUUGAAUGAACAUUGUGUUAUUUCAACUUGCACCGUUAACUGUAGCUUCUCAACAUUAAACUAAUUAACGUCAGUGGUUUAGUUUCUCCUCAAAGUCAAACACAAUUCAAACCAAACCAACUGAGCUUCUGUCACUGAGCUCCUACCACAUCACAACCAAAGCAGUCUCACUGGAACCGACCCGACUUCAGCUGUUUUCUUAUUUAAAAAUAAAUAAGAAAUAAACUGUUCCCUUAUUGAUCCCUCACGGGGAAAUUCAAUCUAAUUCAAUCUAUUAAUAUUAUUAACGUUUCUAACCAUAAAUGUUUCCAUAAGUCUUCCAAAAAGCUUUGAGAGAAUCUUUCUCGAGUCUUUGAAUGGUUCUGGGUGGUGUUCUGGGUUCUGGGUGGAGUGACGGAUGUUCCACCAAGGUUUUAAGGAAUCCCAGGGCUGAAUGUGUUUCUCAACAGAAAGUAGAAUACCAAAUACCUCCAUAGAAGGGAGGUCCAGAACUCUUCUGGAUGUUCUAAUGGGGUGUGAGUUCUCCAGGGGAUCUGGAAAGGUCUUAAUGAUGUUUGAGGAGGAUCCAGACGUCCAUGAGGAAAUGUUCAGAGUCCCAGAUUUAGACCUUUGUCUUUAAGUUGUUCCUAAAGAUCUUUCGACCUUUAGGAACAGCAGACAGACAUCUAUCAAUCAUUGGGAAGAAUUAGAGACAAGAGGAGACCAGAACAUAUCUGAAGUACGACAACAGGAAAAUGAGCAGAGAUCAAUAACCAGCAGCUGGAGGGAAGUUUGGUCAUUGAAUGAAACAUCCAGGAGGCGGCGGUGAUGCUGCAGCAGAGAGUUCCUGAAGGUUCCCGGUCUGGUCUGCUGCAGACAGCCGAGCCGGCUCUGCACCAAAUGAUGCAACGCUGACAGCUGGGGUGGGGGGGUCCUGAAUGUAUAGCACCUGUUGUAAAAGUGGUGGUGCAUCGGCUGCUCUGAACCAGAAGGAGUGGUUCAGGUCUAAUAAAAACAGCAGUUUGAUACUGAGCGGCUGUAGAGAGGGAUUCGUGUCACGGCCGACGUUUGAGUAGCUUACAUCAUCCUCUUUCAUCUCUGACCCCAAACUGUUUCAUGUAGUUACCAGAGAUCACUAGGGGAGUCACAGUUAGAAGAGAAAUCUGUUUCUGAGUCUUCUCCGGAGGACUACGCUGCAGGAUUGUGUUCAUUCCCCCAUUUAACCUCGUUCAACAACCAACAUACAACAUUUACAUGAACCUUACAUUACUGUGCUGCAUUCAAGGACCCUCUGAAAUGAGAGGAGUCUUGGUCUGCUGGUCAAAUGUGUGGCUGCAGACACAGAUCAAGAAAACAAACUAAAAGAAAUGUUACAAACUAAAUUUGUUCUAAAUCACUGAUUCCUCGGUGCAGACCUGUCCUCCAGCCAGCUCCUAAAAACUCCACCUGGACCUUCUCCCUUUUAUGUCACUGUAACCGGAAUGUCUUUGAGGUUUGGACUGUUAUUCAGACAAAACAGUUUUUGUCAAAUACCAGAAACUGGAUACAUUUAGCUUUACUUCUUGUAUUUACACAUUCAAAUUACUAGGACUAACCUGCUGUUUGUCCAGAUGUUAAUUCACAGUUGAGAACGUUUCUCGUUAGUCGUGCUGUAAAGAAACGUACCUGGUUGGUGCUUGAGGUCGCCCUGAAGGCUUCUCCCUCUCCAACAGGCCUCAGACAGCCAGCCCGGUUUCCAGACUCCUCCUCUGAAAGAUAGAAAAGCUGAUGUUCAUUUGUGAUACAACUGAAUGUUUUCACUGGGUGCUACUACGGAGACGCUGCAGAGAAGAAACACUGCAGCUCGUUUUAUAAAAGGCUUUUUGUAUCAGAUGCACUUGUAACCUUGAGAAUAAAUCUGUUCAUUUUGUGGUGUUGCUGUGGAGACGCUGUGAUGGAAUCACAGUGCCCCCUGGUGGGCCACACCUGAACGACAAUGUAAUAUUUCAACCACUAUUAUGUUACUGUACUGCUAAUACUUAACAACGAUGGUGUAAAUAAAGGCUUAUGUGGAAUAUCA